UUGCCUGGGAGCUGGCCUAGAAGAAUACUUACUAACAGCCAAAAUACUCAAAGAGAACCUUGCUUGGGCCGCACAGAAAUCGUAAUACUCGUCGAGAAUCUCAAGGAUGGAACGCUGGCAUGAUCGCGUGGCGGUGGUCACGGGUGCCAGUUCCGGUAUAGGAGCUGCAGUGGCACGCCAAUUGGUGAGUGCAGGGGUCAUUGUUGUGGGUCUGGCCCGGCGGGUCGACCGCAUGGAGGUCAUGAAGGAACAACUGCCGCCGGAGCUGCAGGGCCGCCUGCAUGCCAUCCACUGCGAUGUCGGAGAUCUGGACUCGGUGACGGCUGCCUUUGACUGGAUCGAGGAGCAGCUCGGCGGCUGUGACAUCCUGGUGAACAACGCGGGAUGCCUGAACCCCGGACAACUUCUCACCCUGGAGCUGGAGCAGCUGCAGCAGGUCCUGAACGUGAACUUGAUGGGCGUGGUUAUCUGCACCCGCCGCGCCUUUCGCUCGAUGCAGCAACGUGAGGUGGAUGGCCAUGUGGUGCUCAUCAACAGCCUAACGGGCCGUAACAUCAUCAAUCCACCUGGUGACGAGCUGCAGGUGCUUAACAUGUAUCCGCUUACCAAGCACGGGGUUACGGCCCUGCUGGAAGUCCUGCGACAGGAGCUGCGCGGAUUCAAGACUAAGAUUAAGGUCACAAGCAUCACUCCAGGUGUGACCGAUACGGAGAUUCUGCCCGCCGGCUACGGUAUUUUGCCGAUGCUAAAACCGGAUGACAUCGCCGCGGGCAUCAUGUACGUGCUUGGCACACCCGCACAUGUCCAGGUGCACGAGCUGACCAUUAAGCCGUUAGGAGAGCCCUUCUAAGUCCGUCCCGGAAUAUCAUUACGAUAAUGAUGAAAAUAUCGUGCGCAACCAAUAAAGUGACUGAAAUUGCGUA